UAUUAAUGACACUUAUGACAGAAAAUUGUUAAAAACUGCAAGCAAAAUGUGUUGACCGGUUAACAAUAGAAUCGGCAGUGGGCAGUUAAUCACAAAACAAUUAAAAUAAUUUAAUUAGAUGUCAAAUAUUGCACUACAAUUAAACAAGGUGUAAUAAAUUAUCGCUUGGGUUAAUCAGUUGUGUUUAAUGUCAUAAAAAUUGGCUUCGUUUUAUACAUAUAAACUGAAAAUGAAAUUAUUAAAGUUCAUUAGUGACUUAGACUUUAUUCAUCACUUACGGACGAAAGGAACAACGAUGGAUUCAAAACACAGGACAGGACAAGACUUGCAGCGACUCCAAUUCUUCAACGACAGUUUAAUCUACUUGUCAUUGUCAUCGGGCAAGGGUUUCCAUGCUUUUAAGGAAUGUGCAACUUUGAUUAAGAAUAAACUUCAGGGAUUUCCAUUGGAGAUAUCACAAGAUGCAUUGGACAUAAAACUAGACAAAGUAUCAAUGGACAUUUUCCCAUCCCAAGAAUUUCCAGAAUUAGUUCCAAUUAAGGUUUCUGGGGAUGGAAAUUGCUUGCCAAGGAGCGCUUCUAUGUUAGUAUUUGGAGACCAACAUCACAAUGUGGAGAUGAGAGUACGCAUGGCAUGUGAAUUAGCACUGAAUAAGAACUUUUAUCUUAAUGACGUUAACCACAAGAUUUACGAUUUUGACACUUUCCCGUACUGUUCCACAAUAACAACCUACAGCGCAAAUUUUAAACCUGGAAUGAACUCUGACCCGGAAUCAAUUGAAAACGUGUAUGAACUAGAUGCCAUAAAGACAGCUAAAAGAGGGAACUAUUGUGGUAUCUGGCAUUUGUACGCUUUAGCAUCAGUUGUCGGAUGUAAACUUUAUUCUAUAUACCCUAAACUAAAAAGCACAGUAUCAAUACGCCCAGAACUCAACAGGAUCAUAUUUCCUAGGAAGCAGGUGUCUAAAAGAAAACUGGCUGUAUUUUGGACGAACACGAAUGGAAUCAAAGGUGAAAAUUAUUGGAGCCCAAACCACUUCGCACCAUGUUUACAUAAGCAUUUAUUACUUGAGGUUAAACAGAAAGCUGCUAUUGAAAAGAUUAAAACAGAGAAUGUUCUUGAAGAUCGUAGAAUAACAAGAUGCCGUGCUCAGUCUACUAGCCUAGCAUCCCUGAACGGCGUGGAACGUCGUUCGGCCAUUGCUUCGAAUCUGCACACACCAAACAAAAGAUGUAUAUCUGGAAGUAGAACUCCAAACAUUGAAAAGAGGACACAAAAGACAACAAAUCCCAAUAUUGAAAAGAAGUCACAAAAGACAACAACUCCCAACAUGAAAGCUGUGAGGUUUAACGUAGAAUCUAAGUGUGAUCUUGCCAUCCAUUUUCUAACAAAGAAGUCAAACAAAAUUCAAAUUAAAAACCUGAAAAGACAUAAAAACCCACUUAAAAGUAUUUUCAAAUUCUUUAUGGGUAAUCAGAAGGAAUCCCGAGGACCAGACGUUAGUUUCUAUGAAAUAGAGUGAUGUUAUGAAUAACACUACGCAAAAGAAAGAUA